AUGAGCGAGGAUGGCUCCAAAAUACAACACAGCUCCUUAUCACUGAAGGAUUUUCUCGCAUCAAUUGCGUCCAUCAAGGGAGACCUUUCCAAUAUUACCGCACCACCCUUCGUCCUGGACACCAAGUCGGUAGUUGAACUACCUGGCUUCUGGGCCGAGCGGCCAUCCCUUCUCGUCGCCCCGUCGGCAUCUCCAGAUCCGGCGAAAAGGGCCUUAUUGGUGCUUCGUUGGUUCCUGUCCUCGCUCAAGAACCAACAGUACAGCGGAAGGUCUGUAGAAGAGGGCGUGAGAAAACCCCUCAACGCUUUCCUCGGAGAACUUUUUCUUGCGAAGUGGGACGAUAGUAAUGGCGAGACCACACUUGUUGCUGAGCAGGUCUCCCAUCACCCCCCAGUCACGGCUUGUCGCGUUUGGAAUGAACAAUACGGGGUCUUUGCAGAAGGUUUUACUCGCCAGGAAAUUACACUCGGCUUCGGCAACAUCACCAUCAGGCAGCUGGGCCGUGCACUGCUUACCUUAAAGGAACACAAUGACGAGACCUACCUCAUACCACUUCCCGAUGUCAAGGUCAGAGGACUUUUAUCUGGGCUUGCGGGUACGUACCCCGAGCUGGAAGGGACGUAUACUAUUCCUUGUACUUCUGGGUAUUACUCUGUCAUCGAUUUCAGCGGUAGAUCUCUCUUGGGUGGUGGGAACAAGAAUGGAGUGUCAGCCAAAGUCUUCGGGCCGGGAGGAGAUAGCGGAGCAGGACACGAACCUCUCUACACAGUUUCGGGCCAUUGGAACGAUUCCUUCACAAUUUACAACGGCGCAGAAGUAUCAAAAGAAGCGUCGAUGGAAAUCGUCACCAUACAAGACCUUCCCACUGUACCGCUGAAACUUUUCGAAGACGAUUCCGAGGCUCAAGAUGCUUGGGAAUCCCGGCGGGCAUGGAAGGCUGUGCGUGAGGCUCUAGAACGUAGAGACAUGACGGGCGCAGCCAAGGCUAAGUCAGCCAUUGAACAAGGGCAGCGGGCCAUGCGCAGAAAUGAAGCGCGGGAAGGAAAGGAAUGGAAGGCUCUGUUCUUCAGACCGGAGAAAGAAGACAAGGUUGCGACGGAGUUGUAUCGCAGCAUUCUCAAGGAGCUGAAGCCCGAGGAUACCGUCGCAAUUUGGAAGUUCAAUCAGGAACUAUGGGACAGAGGUGUUCAGAAGCCAUUCCAUGGGCAGUCGUCGCCAAACAACGCGAAUAGACCCGAGGACGUAGCCGCUGUCCCCGUUACACAUCGUGAGAUGCUAGCGGACUUCGAUGAUACUGACCUGGCAUCGCCAGCAUCGUUCAAGACAGCACCGGAAUACAUGGCUACGAGCUAUACACCGAACGGAUCCGAGCCGCAGCGGGAAUCGCCUGUCAUCAGCACGACCCCUGAAAAGUACAUUCCACCCGUUGCAACUGUCAGGCAAAGCGUCGAGCAGAGCAGCGGUGGUUUGACUCCCUCGACACCCUCUCUCUCCCCAUCCACGCGGGGCAAGCGUCAACGAGCGAAAGAAUCCAUGGGGAAGUUCAGGAGGUCUCUGUCGUCCGGCCUUUCGAAAAUCAGCAGCCCUGGCCGCUCAAGCGAUAAUGAACACGUUGGGUCUCGCAAGGGGGAAAGUGGAUGA